AGUGCUCGCUCGGCGAGGCCGCGGCUGGGAUAGCUGGAAGAGAUCUACUGGGCAAAAGCAGGCAUUGCAUCUUCAGUUGUCAUCAAGUUUGCAAUCAGACUGGAAAAGUUUAACUUGAAGCUUUCUUGCCUACAGUGAAGCAGAGAGAUACCUACUAUUCACAUAAUAAAAGACAUGGGUUUCAACCUAACUUUCCACCUUUCCUACAAAUUCCGAUUACUGUUGCUUUUUACCUUGUGCCUGACGGUGGUUGGGUGGGCCACCAGUAACUACUUUGUGACUGCUAUUCAAGAGAUUCCUAAAGCAAAGGAUCUCACGUUUAAUUUCAAUAAAACCCUAGCUUUGGAGAAAGAAGAGACUGUGACUAAUGAAGCAUCCAUGAAAAAGACAGAACUUGACAACUGCCCUCCUAUGUCUCCACACCUCAGAGGCCAGAGCAAGCUCAUUUUCAAACCAGAUCUCACUUUGGAAGAGGUACGGGCAGAAAAUCCCAAAGUGUACAGAGGCCGGUAUCACCCCGAGACAUGUAGGGCUCUGCAGCGGGUCGCCAUCCUCAUUCCACACCGGAACAGAGAGAAACACCUGAUGUACCUGCUAGAACAUCUUCAUCCCUUCCUGCAGAGGCAGCAGCUGGAGUAUGGCAUCUACAUCAUCCACCAGGCUGGGAGUAAAAAGUUUAAUCGAGCCAAACUCUUGAAUGUGGGCUAUCUGGAAGCUCUCAAGGAAGAAAACUGGGACUGCUUUAUAUUCCACGAUGUGGACCUGGUGCCCGAGAAUGACUUUAACCUUUACAAGUGUGAGGAUCAACCAAGACACCUGGUGGUCGGCAGGAACAGCACUGGGUACAGGUUACGUUACAGUGGAUAUUUUGGGGGUGUUACUGCCCUAAGCAGAGAGCAAUUUUUCAAGGUGAAUGGAUUCUCUAACAACUACUGGGGAUGGGGAGGCGAAGACGAUGACCUCAGACUCAGGGUUGAGCUCCUUAGAAUGAAAAUAUCCCGGCCACUGCCUGAAGUGGGUAAAUAUACUAUGAUCUUCCAUACCAGAGACAGAGGCAAUGAGGUGAAUAUAGAACGGAUGAAGCUCUUACACCAGGUAGCACGAGUGUGGAGAAAAGAUGGGUUGAAUAGUUGUUCUUAUAAAUUACUGUCUGUGGAACACAAUCCUUUAUAUAUCAAUAUCACAGUGGACUUUUGGUCUAGUGUAUGACCUGGAAUCUUCUAGUGACAUUUGGAAGAACGGAUUAUGUGACUGCAAUAAUUUUGGCCUAGAGACUUCUCCUAGUAGCACACAUUCAGAACCUGUUACAACUAACUAUUGGGCUGAAUUUUUCCUUUUUAUAUUUUCUUAGCAGAUAUGGAAUGUAAAACAAUUAUAGCAAGGUAGCUUUCUUAGUUGUUUUUGUCAUGAGGGUUAAAUAUUGUGGUAUGGAUACUUAAAGGACUAAAUAUAAAAGGACAACUCAAAGGAUAUAAUGAAGGCUACUUGAGAACUCUGGUUGAAGGAGAUUUAUUUACAUUUGAAGUGAUAUAUUAUGGGGUAAAAGGCCACAGGAAAUAAGAUUACUGAAUGUCUCAGAGAACCAGAACUGUUCUCGUUGGAGGAAGAAAGGUACGAAGAUGUGUUUCUGUUGCUCAUUUGUCCUGCAUGGUCUUCUGUGAAGUGGUGGGUCCCAGGUGAGAAGAAGGCCACAGAAGUGGGGAGAAAGGUGAAGAAUGAAGAUGCGGUGACCUUGGGGAUGAAGAGGCAGCAGCCAGUGUGAUGGUUGCUGCUGUUGCUACUCUGCAGUAAUAUGCCUUCCAGCAUAGCCCAGCAGAGAACACACUAUCUACUAGUUUUUAAGAAUUUUUGUAAAAUGAUUUUAUAUAUGUAGGAUAUGAAUUAGCAGUUUACAAAUUAAUACAUCUAUAAAAUACCUCUGUGGUAAAAUAUAAAAAAGCUUUGAGUACUCA